AUGAGCCCCGCGGUUAAUGCCACGCAGACCGUCGGCGUAGUCACUAUCCAGAGUCUCAAUGCCGCAGUCAAAUAUUGCACCACCGCUGCCUCUGCUCUCCUCAUAUGGCACCACCUCCUUACGUUCGACAGAGAGGUGGCUUUCUUCUGGAAGCGAAAAUUCUCCGGCGCAUCUGGCCUUUUCUUCGCGAAUCGCUACCUCAUCCUCGUCUACUCCAUAUAUAAUCUGCUAUGGGAGCCUUUGAAGGCUUCCAAUGUAGCUCAAUUCCGUUUCGGGGACAGCACGCUCGUUCCGUUCGUAGGCUGUACGACAGAGAGUGCCGCUCCUGUGCCAUCACAUCUCAGCUGUCAGUGCCGUGCGCCCAACAUCCACUAUCGAUACAAAAUUGACGGCCUUCGUACCACAGUGUCCAUCGUCGCUCGCGUAUCCGUUAUUGUCGCAGACGUCAUCGUAAUGGCACUCACCUGGGCCACCACCCAUCGUCACCAAAGCGUCCAUGUCCUUGGCGUGGCGAAGACACUCUCGAGUGUCAUGUAUAGGAACGGGGCGAUGUACUUCAUUGUCCUCACGAUCAUAAAUGUGCUCUAUCUGGUCUCUUACUCUCUUGCGCUCACCGCGGGUGCGACGGCUAGUGGCGUCCGCGCAUCUUUCUUUUAUAGCGUCAUCAACGACACCUUCACCAGACUGACAGCCAUUCUCAUGACACACUUUCUCCUCGACCUACAAGAGGCAGCGAAUGCCUAUACCCAUCCUUCCGGUGACUCGCAGCUCAGCUCACGUAGUAUCCUCCAGUUUGCACGCGCGGACGUCGAUCAUUGGAUACGGGAACUCCGGACGCUUCCACCCAUCGAUUUCACGGACGAUGAUACAGAACAGUAUUAUGGGGGGAGCUCAUGGGCGAUCGACAGUCUACAACCAAGAGACAUCGAAUGUCCUGGGCAGCAGGAGAUAGAGGAGGUGGGAAAUCGGCCCUAG